ACCUUAUGAAUAGAUUGGAUGGAAAAUAAAGGUUAUGAUGAGCCCUACGAAUGUUUUUAAUGGUGAGAAUCAUUGGCUAAUGCUCUAAAAUGAUUUCGACGAAUGGAUGAACAGUGUGGAUGUAAUAAAUACAUCAUUGUGAAGCCCAUGUUACUUUGAUCUCCUUUGGACCGUUAGUACAACUCAGAGCUGGAGGAGGGUCAGCGCUCAUCUUCAUCUUCUUCCAUUUUCAUUGGCCCAUGUCAUCACUGAUGAUAUCAGCACUGUUUUCAUUGGCCUAAUGAAGUCAAGUAGCUUGUUUGGUCAACCCCAAAAAUCAUACCAUCGGUUCUGCUUUCCUCCUUCAAUCUCUAAUCUCCAACACUCUGAUUCCUUUCCUUUAGACCUUCUUGGCUAAUUCUCUUCAUCGUCGACCGUAGUUGAUCGUUGCUAGGGAGAAAUGGCUAUGGAAACCUUAGGUUCUAUAAUCCUGUCUAUCACAGUCCAAGCAGGAAAAUAUUUCUGCAGCUUCAUAUUCUCCAUGGCCACCAUAUUCAUCAAAUUCCGAUCAAAUUUGGAAGAACUCGAGCAGUACAUGAAACAACUUGCGAAUCUGAAAACCACCAUAAAUGAAGAGCUUGAAUCUGCUGAUAAAGAAGGGAGGUUACCGAAUGCGGGAGUGAAAGAGUGGCUGAAAGAUGUUGAAGAAAUCCAAAUCAAAGUGAAUUUGAUAGAAGAAGAAGUCACAGCAAAUGUAGAAAAUCCAAGCGGGUGUGUUCUGAAUUGCUGCAUGCUGCAUAGGUUGAGCAAAGAAGCAGUGGAAAAGCUCGUGGACGUGAAAGAAGCUAUAGAUUUAGCUGAUUUUCCAAUGGGGGUGGUCACAAGGAAUCCCCGAGCACGGGCAGUCGAGGAGAUCCCGGUCCCACCAAUCAUGGGUCAGAGAGCGGCAAUGGAUACGCUAGAACAGAUUUUGGAGCUUCUGGAGGAUAAACAAGUCGGAAAGAUUGGGAUAUGGGGUAUGGGAGGAGUAGGCAAGACUACUAUAGUAAAAAACUUGAACAACAAGCUUGAAUGCUCUUCAUCGGCUCAUGCUUUCGAUGUUAUCAUAUGGGUGACGGUGUCAAAGGACUCAAACAUGAAGAGGGUUCAAUCGCAGGUCGCUAAAAGAUUGAACGUGAGGAUGAGAAAGGGAGAAAUCGCACAGGAACUUGCUAUUCGGUUGUUCGCAGAAUUGAAGGGGAAGAAAUUUCUCUUGAUUCUCGAUGAUAUCUGGGAGAAAAUUGAUCUAGAUGAAUUGGGUAUACCACAUGGCGAAGGUCACAAAGGUUUUAAGAUCAUAUUGACCACUCGAUCUCUCGAUGUGUGUAGGGGCACGAAGAUGGAUAAAGACAUCAGAGUGGAAGUUCUUAGCGACGAAGAAGCUUGGACGUUGUUUUGCCAAAACGCAGGAGACAUGACUGAUUUGGACAGGGUAGGAGAUCUUACAAGAGCUGUUGCUAGAGAAUGUAGCGGUCUGCCACUGGUGAUCAUCACCGUAGGGAGGGCUAUGAGGGGGAAGCCAAGGAUCGACUUGUGGAAGCAUGCUUUGGAAGAACUGCGAAGCUCAGUCCCAGACAUCAGAGGGAUAGAAAAGGAGGUCCUUUCUCCAUUGAAGUGGAGUUAUGACUCAUUACAAGGUAAGAACAUCAAACCAUGCUUCUUGUAUUGUUCUUUAUUCCCUGAAGACUACUCUAUCGAAGCAAGCAAACUUGUACAAUACUGGAUAGCCGAGGGAUUAAUCAAUGAGAGGCAGAAUUUUGAAGCAGCAUCAAAUAGGGGGAUUGCCUUGAUUGAAAAUCUCAAGGACUCAUGUCUGUUGGACAAAGGCGCACACGAGGGGACUGUAAAGAUGCAUGACGUUGUCCGAGAUGUUGCUAUCUGGAUAGCAUCCUCACUCGAAGAUGGAAGCAAGUUCUUUGUUCAAUCCGGUAUGGGAUUGAAUCAGCUGCCAGAGGAAGGCAUGUGGGAAUCGACGAAGAGAGCUUCAUUCAUCCAAAACAAGAUAAGAAGGUUGCCAGAUCGCAUGGUGGGAUGCUCUAAGCUAUCAACUUUGCAUUUACAAAGCAAUCCUGUCAAAGAAAUCCUAGAAGGAUUCUUUACAGGGUUGCAAGCACUUACAGUCUUGAAUUUAAGUGAGACUUUCAUAAAAUCAUUGCCACUUUCUCUUACAGAACUGCGACAGCUUCCAGAGUUACCACCAAUGGGACAACUCACGGAACUCCAAACACUUGAUCUCUCUGGCACCCAAAUCAGUGAACUGCCAAGUGAGAUAGGACAAUUGGAUAAACUAAAGCAAUUGAAUCUAUCACGCACGCUCAAUUUAGAAAGUAUUAAGGCCGGUAGAGUAUCAAGGCUGUCCAGUUUGGAGGUAUUCGACGUGUCUUUGAGUGCUUACACCUGGGAUGUCGAACAGAAGGCUGAUGAGGGAAGAUCGACGAUUGAGGAACUGUCUUUUCUCAGGUUCUUGUCUGUUCUUUACAUCAGGAUACACAGCAUUGCUUGUCUUGCCUUAGAUUUCAGUUGGUUGAAACGGUUGAGAAGAUUCCACAUAUGCAUUGGUCCAAGAACCUAUGUUUCAGAAUACUCGCCAAUGUGGAACAAUGAAAGAAGCAUAAUUAUGAGUGGCGUUGAUCUCUCAGGGGAAGGGGCCGAUGUGUUGUUGAGCAGCACAAGUGCACUAGUGUUGGGUUCAUGUAAGGGCCUAAACAGCAUAUCUGGAUUAGUUCAGAACAGCAAUUUCAAUCUAGCAACCCUACAAUCAGUUCGGAUUGAGGGUUUUCGUGGGAUCACCAGUGUAAUAAAAGGAGAAGAUGUACAAGGUAGCAUAUUACCAAAUUUGGAGGAACUGGACCUGCAUUCGCUCGGGAACUUGACUUGCAUUUGGGAAGGAGUGGUUCCUAAUGGAGAAAGUCUCAGGAAAUUAAGGGCAUUGCGAGUGGGUGGUUGUCCAUUGAGUAGUCUUAUUGCUUAUGAUCUUCUUCCGCAGCUGGAAAACCUUGAAGAGAUCAAGGUAAGCUCCUGUUAUAACAUGCGGGCGAUAUUCGAAGAAAAGGAGGCGGUUGAAGUAACGAAACUUAAUGGAGAAAGCCUUGGGAAAUUAAGAACCAUAAAAGUGGACCAUUGUGUGCUGUUGAAAAGUCUCAUCUCCUAUGAUCUUCUUCGGCAAUUAAAGAACCUUGAAGAGAUUGAGGUAAGAAACUGUUCUCAGAUGGAGGAGAUAAUCACAACUGAGGAGGUGGCGGAUGGACAAGCAUCGGAUAUCAUCAAGGAAGAGGGAAAUGCAAUUCCAAGGCUAGGGAUUUUGAAACUCUUUAGCCUAAAAGUGAGUGAUUGCCCACUGUUACAAAAGGAUUCUCAGUCUGUCGCUCAUCCCAGGUUCUUGGAAGAUCGUCGCAGGUUCUUAUUUCCAAAUGGGGAAUGA